GCACCAUCACUUAUUCCCACCACAGACCUCGACACUUUACUGUACAUUCCUUCAACAUCUGCCCGCAUCACGUGUCCACACUUGGUCUCGGGUUUUUAACGUGAAAGUAUUCGAGUAUUUAAGCCCAAAGUGUGCGGGAGUAACGUUUGCGUGAGUGCGUCACUGUUUGUUAUGGACCGUUAUUACCGUCGGACAACGGGGAGAGACUCGAACGUUUACGUCGCACGGGGAGCUCCGUGAGGGCUGAUGUUCGGUGUGAAGAGUUUAUGUCGGACUUUAAAAAACAAAACAAAAAACGACAAUAAUAAUUAAGUGAUUGUAAACGGUCGAACGUUGGAUCAAAAUGGAUCAACCAGAGGAGCUGGAGCAGAUGGCCACAUGGUUCAGCGAGGAGGGACUCGCUCCUGACUCCCCUAAGGAGGCUCAGCUGUGUUUGCUAUGGAGUGCCCUCCAGCGCACAAGGAGCCGUCUUAACAGUGUGACAUGGGACUUGGACACCCAGCGCUCACAACACUUAGCAGAGAUGGCAGAGGUACGCAAGUCCCUGGAGCAGAUCCGAAUCUUUACAGAGCACAAAGACGUUUUGACUCAGGAGAUACAAGAUGAAAACGAUCAGCUCAAGGACCAGCUGGGACGCGUAAUAUCCCUUCAAGAUUCCCAGAUAAGCGAGGUGGCUAAGAUGCUGUACCAGCAGGGUCUCACAGAGUUGAUUCACAGCAACCCCAGUGAGCAGGUGGCCUACCUCCUGGUGGAGAGAGCCUCCCUGCUUGAGUCGAGUGAGGAUCCUAACAAUCUGACGGGUGAUGGAAACACGGACAGCCUGCUGGGGACUGAAGCCCAGGCAUUGAAUAGCAAUGCAAACCAGUCUUCCCACAAGGGGGCACCACGUCACGGCCAGAGCCCAUGGAAGAGACUCUUUGGACUCCACAAAGCAUCACAGAGCAAACACACUUUUAUUCCUAUUGAGGCCAUGCAUUUGGCUGGCCAGACAAGCAGCGUUGAGAGGGAAUGUUCCCGUCUGGAGCGCGACCUGGAGGAGGGCUCCCGCCGGCUGGCCAUGGCCCACAACGAGAUCCGGCGUUUGACUGAUGAGCUGGAGUCUGCUCAUUUGACCCAAAGAGCUUAUGAACCUGAGCUGCAGGCAGCACAGCAGGAGGUAGAUGAACUCCGGCAGGAAGUACAAAAACUGAAGAGCUGUGAAAUAGUGGAACUGCGAAAGGCCAAAGAGCUGAACGAUCGCCUGGACCUUGAGAUCAGAGCCUUGAGGAGCCGGGUACGCACCCUGGAUGCUGAGAAAAGUUCUCUGCAGCAGAUGGUGGUGUCUCUGCAGGAGCAGCCGCAGCUCCGCACUAAGCAGGUUCAGGCCAACGGGGCCACAGAGCUGGCUGAAGUUUCUUCUCUGCAGAGGGAGGUGGAGCGGCUGGAGUCAGUCCUGCAGGAGCUGCAGCAGCAGACUGAACAGGUUCAGGCCAACAAAUUAGUUCAAGUGGUGUCUCUGCAGAGGGAGGUGGAGCGGCUGGAGUCAGCCAUGCAGGAGCAGCAGCUCCUCACUGUGCAGGAUCAAGCCACCCUGGUUAAUGAGUUAGCUACAUCCCAGACAACCAAAUUGAUUCAGAGCAAUGAGAUCUGCAGCGACUUACAAAAUAAACUCAGCGCUCAGUCGACAUGCCUUUUGAAAGCAGAGUCAGAAGUGCAUUCCCUCAAGCAGCAGCUGGAUACCUCCCAUUAUGACCUGGAUAACCUCAUAGCUACCAUCUAUACCAAAGAAAACAAUGUUCAGGAUCAAAAGCUGUGGAAGGAAAACGGGCAACAUUUUGAAAACGCUCACUGUCAGCUGAAAGAUGAUAAAGAGCGACAGACACAACUACAGCUGCUGCAGAACAACGAAAACACACUGCGUAAGGAGUGUCCUGAUUAUCAAGAAGCAGUAAAGACUCUGUUGGCCACCCAAGAGGAGUGUGAGACACUCAAGAGGGAGAUCUGUGAAACCCUUAAAUGCCUCGACAAAGAGCGGAGUAAAUACCAUGAAGUGAAGGAAAAGCACAAGGCAAAACUGUGUCGAGCCAAACAGAAAUGUGAUGAGGAAACAACAUGGCGUGAUGAGAAGAUAAAGAAUCUAGAGCGGCAGCUAUCCUUGUGUUCCCAUUCAUUGUCUAAGGAAAAAGAGCUUACCAUAAGUAUUACUGUGGAAAAUGAGAAACUACUUGUUGAGAGGAGGAGGCUACUACAACAGCUAAAUGAGGAAGAGCACAACAAGAAAGACAGUAAUCUAACAGCCUCUUUGUCCAAAUGCAGGGUGGACUUUCUAGAGAUGGAAAACAAGAAACUAGGAAACAAAAUACUCCACAUGUCCAAUCAGCUAGCUGUCCUGGAACGCACCCUGCAAAACCUGCAAUCACUCCACUUUACUGAGGGCGCAUUGGACAAAACUCGGAGAAAGCAGACAGAUGUGACUUCCUCCCGUCACCGUUUCAUCUCUGGGCCUCUUUCUCGAUCAGCAGAGACGGGCUACCUGAAUCUAACCUCCGCUCAGAGAUACUCGGACCCCUCGACUCCCCCGGCUGCCCUCAGCAACUCAGAGAGUACGUGUUCCUAAGAUUUACCGUCUAUCUGCAACAUGAAUAUACUGUACAGAAAUAGUGAUAAGUAAAUAAAUUAAGUUGAUAAACCAAAUAACAGAAGAAUUUCCCUUUCUCUGUCUUUUCAUUUGGUUUCAUUUUUAAGUUGACAAAAUUAUUUAACUCUCCAGAUCUGAGUGACAACAGCUCUCGUGUAAAAAAUGUUGAAUAUUCUCAUAAAAUUGUAUCCAUUUCUUGUAACCGUUCAAAGUCUAGACUUCAAACUUUUCUAAAGGCCUGAAACCUGAUCUGACUAACAUUUACAAUGCAUGCAUUUCAUAAACAACAACCUACGCAGACCUACUCAUCUUGCACUUUGUCUUCACAAUCCUUUUUUGUUUUGCACAGCACUCUGGGGCCAGGGGCGUUUGAGAAACCACAGAACAUACCGUAGCAGCUGUUCAUUCUAAACUAAAACUUAAAUGUACUUUUAUUAUGUUUAUGUUAAAGCCCCAAAAUGUCAUUUUUGUUCCGAUUGCAGUGGCUGGUUGCCCGUUGUAUUUGUUGGCAUUUAAACUACAAACAGUCAUUUGUCCAGUUGGCCUCUUGGUUUGUCAAACACACCGAGACAUCUGAAUAGACAGAUAAAUCGGUUGGCUGUUACAGCUACUUGUCAGCAAAGCUUCACACUUUAACUCCAUAUCAUGCACAAACAAUAAAACAUUUAAUAUAAAUGUACACGAUGUAAUGCAUAAGAAUGGACCACAUUAUGGUCUUUUAAGUCCUCAAACCUAUAGCCACAACUACCACUCCACAACUUGGACAUUUUGUGUGGCCUAGUUAUCGUAUAUUCAAAUAAACAAAGGAAAUUAUAUUAAUUGUCGUUGCUUUACCAGAGUCUAAUAUGCAGCCAGGGCAACUUGUUGCACAAAGCAAAAGGAAUUUUUUUUCCAAUGCAUUUUGAUGAGGUCAGACCACCUGCAACAGGUCUGAAACUACUACAUGACACAGUAACGUGUCCGUUGACAGAUUACUAUUAAAUUGAAGAACUAUACAUGCAUUUCUCCCUUAAAAAAAGAAACAUCUCUGGGAUAAGGUGCUUUGGGAUAAUAUAUUUCUCCUUACAAAUGUUCAUUUUAUUACCACGUUUUUCAAGUAAACCUCCCAAAAAAAAAAAA